AUGGCCGCCUCCACCAUGUCCGUCUGCUCCAGCAACCUCAGCUAUGGCAGCAACAUCUGCAUGCCCGCUUCCCACGACUCCUGGCAGGUGGACGACUGCCCAGAGAGCUGCUGCGAGCCGCCCUGCUGUGCCCCCAGCUGCUGCGCCCCGUCCUCCUGUGUGACCCUCUGCUGCAAGCCCGUGUGCUACAAGCCUGUCUGCUGUGUGCCCGUGUGCUCCUCCUCCUCCUCCUGCGGCCAGCAGUCCAGCUGCCAGCCCUCGUGCUGUGGCUCCUCCCCCUGCCAGGAGUCCUCCUGUGUGACCCUCUGCUGCAAGCCCGUGUGCUGCAAGCCUGUCUGCUGUGUGCCCGUCUGCUCCUCCUCCUCCUGCUGCCAGCAGUCUAGCUGCCAGCCCUCAUGCUGUGGCUCCUCUCCCUGCCAGGAGUCCUCCUGUAUGACCCUCUGCUGCAAGCCCGUGUGCUGCAAGCCUGUCUGCUGUGUGCCCGUGUGCUCUGAGAGCUCCUCCUGCUGCCAGCAGUCUAGCUGCCAGCCCUCGUGCUGUGGCUCCUCCCCCUGCCAGGAGUCCUCCUGUGUGACCCUCUGCUGCAGGCCAGUGAGCUGCAAGCCUGUCUGCUGUGUGCCCGUGUGCUCUGAGAGCUCCUCCUCACCCUUGUGCUGCCAGCCCAGCUGCUGCCCCUCGUCCUGCUGCAGACCCUCCUCCAGCGUGUCCCUGCUCUGCCGCCCCGUGUGCAGACCCGCCUGCAGUGUGCCCGCCUCCUCCUGCUGUGCCCCCGCCUCGUGCUGCCAACCCAGCUGCUGCCGCCCGGCCUCCAGCGUGUCCCUGCUCUGCCGGCCUGCCUGCCCCCGCCCGGCCUGCUGUGGCCUCUCCUCGGGCCAGUCCUGCUGCUGA